AUGGCGUCUUCCUACCGAGGCCUCCACAUUAUCCUCGCGCUCCUCUUCGUCAACCUGCUGCUGCUUCUCCGACACGCCCAUGGUGCAGCAGCAGGCGCGGCUAAAAGUAAAGUCUCGGCCGUCUUCGUGUUCGGCGACUCCAUUGUCGAUCCCGGCAACAACAACGACCGGAUCACGGCGGCAAAGGCCGACUUCCCGCCCUACGGCCAGGACUUCCCCGGCGGGAAUGCAACCGGGAGAUUCUCCAAUGGCAAGGUACCUGGGGACAUAAUAGCUUCCAGGUUGGGAGUGAAGGAACUAUUGCCACCUUACAUCGGAGAGGAUCUUGAGCUAGGUGACCUACGCACUGGUGUUGUCUUUGCCUCAGGCGGCAGUGGAUAUGAUCCUUUAACUUCAAUACUCGCGACUGCUACAUCGAGUACCGGACAGCUUGAGUUAUUCCAUGACUACAAGGAGAGGUUAAAAGCUUUAGUCGGUGAAGAGGAGACAACACGUGUUAUCUCUGAAGGCAUAUACUUCACCGUCAAUGGGGCAAAUGAUUUCGCAAAUAAUUAUUUCUCAAUAAUUCCCUUGAGGCGCCAUCAAUAUGACCUUCCUUCUUAUGUACGAUUUAUUGUUUCUUCGGCCGUCAACUUUACAAUGAAAUUAAAUGAGAUGGGUGCAAAGAAAAUUGGGUUCCUUGGCAUUCCACCAAUUGGAUGUUGCCCUUCACAAAAAGAUCUUGGAUCAAGAGAAUGUUUCAACGAGGCCGCUGAGGGUUGUUGUGGCAGUACAAUACUAAAUGCAGCAAUAUUCAUUGAAAAUCAUCCUGCAUGUCCAAAUGUUCAAGAUUAUAUUUUCUGGGAUAGCUUCCAUCCUACCGAAAAGGCCUACAAUAUUGUAGUUGAUAAACUAUUUCAGCAAAAUUUGCAGGACCUGCUGUGA